AUGAAAAUAACGGUAACUCUCCUCCUCUUAGCGGCGGUAAGCCAAGCCGCUAAGACAAGUGAUUUCAAGACAAAUCACAAGACAAAGUCUGCGGAGAGAGUCGAAAAGACGGAGAAACGAGAACUAACAGAAGGUAACAGCGGAAUAGAGAAGAGAACACCACUUUUACCUUCAGUUUCGUCCACGGUCGCAACUGGUGGAGUGGAAUAUGCCGAUUCAAAAGAAAACUUACAAGACAAAUCUCCGACUCAGCAAAUAUACGCCACUCCUGUACCGCAAGUUGGUAAAAUAUCGGAUGUUCUGAGUAGUCAGGGUCAUCAAUUCCAGGCAGCCAUCGCAAGCCAUCUAUACUCACCUUUCUCAAUCUACCAGCCAAGGCUUGGAUCUCCAACAACGUACGAAGUGUCAGCUCCAGUACCGUCUCAGCUGGCCUACUCCGAGCACAGGCUGUCUGUGCCUUUGCCGAACUCACUGCAAUACGCAACGAAACCCCAGCAAAUAACAAAACCAAUAAUAACGAACUACGAUCAGCCCCAAAGUUACAUUCAACCGUUGUACGACCAAAACCUGUUACAGCUCCAAUCAUUUUAUCAACAAGGAAACAAUGGCAAUCUACAACACAAUUAUCAACCACUUCAAUACGCCCAACCCCAGAUUUACAGCCAACAAUUGCAAUACUUACAACCAUCCCAGCAACCUGGUAUUGUAUAUCAUCGUCAAGAACAACAGAGUCAGUACCAACCUAAUCUGAAACAGACUGAGCAGAGAGAAUUACAAAAUCCAGGUUCAGAACAAAUUGUUGAAAAACAACAAAUCGCUCAACAGGACUACAACGAUAAACAACAAGCCGCUCUCAGCUAUGCAAGAUUCACCUUCAAUCAAGUGCCUUCUCAUGAGCAGCCUCAGAUCCAAGAAUCUGCAUCCCCAUCUCCAUUGCCCACUGUACAGCAAGAGUCCCACGCGCAAUCACUUGAACCUCAGCCCCAACAGUAUUCUGUUCAACCUCAACCGCAAACACAAAUAAACUAUCAACUUCAGCACCCAGCUCAAAAUCUGGAUCAAGUACAAUAUAAGCCGCAGGAAAUUCAACAACCAAAGCCUCAACAAAUCCAACAGCAACAGGUUCAAUAUCAAGCGCACCAAGAAUCUCAGCAACCUCAAACACAGUACCAACAUCAGCAAAUUCAGCAACCAUUGCAAUAUCAACAACCUCAAAUCCAAUACCAGGAACCUCAGUACGUUUUCCAACAACAGUUGCAACAUGCUCAGCCCCUGUCCAACUUUCAUUUGCAAGCUCAACCUCAAUACCAAAUACAGCCACAACAAUACCAACUACAAGAAACUCAACCCCAAUUAUUUAAUCUUGAAAAACAAGAACUUACAAAGCAAGCCGUUCCACAAAGACUGUUGUUCAGACAACCUUUUCAGCAACGGUUGAUUUAUCCCCACGGUGUACAAGCGCAGGAAAUAAACUACAAAAAUAUUCCUGUUUUACCAACCUUCCCCUCCGUUCAGUACUUUGAUGACCUCAAACCUCCUGCUGAUUCUACUAAUGGUCCAAAUUUACAAGGCGUCAAAUCUACCGAACAAUUUAAGGAAAUCAAAAGAAAUAAUUUCUACACCUCUUACAAUCAACCAUGUGCAACAAAGCGCAAUAUCAAUAUCAAAAACGAGACAGAAAAAGGGUCCAGUACCACUGUCUCUCCAAAUCCAACACCAAUAUUUCGUGCCAAACCUUCAUGUGAUACCAUUGCCCAAUGUCCAACACACGCAUGA